GGCGGGCGGCAGAGCGCGGGCGGCGGAGGCGGCGCCGAGGCCAGGCCCAGGCCCAAGCCCAGGCCCAAGCGGGCAGGAGGCAGUUGAAGAUGGCGGACGAGGCGACGUUCGCCCUGGAGCCCGGCGCGGGCGGCGGAGGUCCCGCGGAGCCCAGUGGGGAGCCGCUCAGCAAGCGGCAGCGCAGGGACGGCCCGGGCCCCGGCCCGGGGGCGGAGCGGGCCGGCGGGGCGGGGAGCCCGGGCCCGGAGGCGGCGGCCGCCUCGCUCGGGGAGGCCUCGGACGCGGUCGCCCCGGGCGGGGACAAUGGGCCGGGCCCGCGGGACCUGCGGGGCCUGCCCCGGGAGCCGCCGCCGCAGCCGCCGCCGGACGACGACGACGAAGAAGAAGAAGACGACGACGAGGAGGAGGAGGAAGAGGGGGGCGAGGACGAGGACGAGGCGGCGGCGGCGAUUGGCUACCGAGAAAAUCUCUUCAGUGAUGAAAUUCUUGCCAAUGGCUUUCAUUCCUGUGACAGUGACGAGGAUGACCGAGCCUCUCAUGCAAGCUCCAGUGACUGGACUCCCAGACCUCGAACAGGUCCUUACACUUUUGUGCAGCAGCAUCUCAUGAUUGGCACAGACCCUCGGACGAUCCUAAAGGAUCUGUUGCCAGAAACAAUCCCCCCGCCUGAACUAGAUGAUAUGACACUCUGGCAGAUUGUUAUAAACAUCCUUUCAGAACCACCAAAAAGGAAAAAGAGAAAAGAUAUUAAUACAAUUGAGGAUGCUGUGAAAUUAUUGCAGGAGUGCAAAAAAAUCAUCGUUCUGACGGGAGCUGGGGUAUCCGUUUCCUGUGGAAUACCUGACUUCAGAUCAAGAGAUGGUAUUUAUGCACGCCUGGCUGUAGAUUUCCCUGACCUCCCCGAUCCUCAAGCAAUGUUUGACAUUGAAUAUUUCAGAAAGGAUCCAAGACCAUUUUUCAAAUUUGCAAAGGAAAUUUAUCCUGGGCAGUUCCAACCAUCUCUCUGCCAUAAAUUUAUAGCCUUGUCGGAUAAGGAAGGAAAACUGCUUCGAAACUACACUCAGAACAUAGACACACUGGAACAAGUUGCAGGGAUUCAGAGGAUUAUACAGUGUCAUGGUUCCUUUGCAACAGCUUCUUGCUUGAUUUGUAAAUAUAAAGUGGAUUCUGAAGCUGUACGUGAUGAUAUUUUUAAUCAGGUGGUUCCUCGCUGUCCCAGGUGCCCAGCUGAUGAGCCACUUGCCAUCAUGAAGCCAGAGAUUGUAUUCUUCGGUGAAAACUUACCAGAGCAGUUUCAUAGAGCCAUGAAAUAUGACAAAGAUGAAGUUGAUCUCCUAAUUGUUAUUGGGUCUUCCCUGAAAGUAAGACCAGUAGCGCUGAUUCCGAGUUCCAUACCCCACGAAGUGCCUCAGAUCCUGAUCAACAGGGAACCUCUGCCUCACCUGCACUUUGACGUCGAGCUCCUGGGCGACUGUGACGUCAUCAUCAACGAGCUCUGCCAGCGGCUGGGGGGGGAAUACAGCCGCCUGUGCCCCAACCCAGCCAAGCUCUCUGAGAUCACAGACAAGCCUCCACGCACCCAGAAAGACUUUAGUGCCCACUGGCUGGCACUGCCCCCCACGCCGCUCAAUGUUUCCGAAGACUCUAGCUCCCCCGGCAGAACUUCCCCGCCACACUCUUGGGCAGCUGAGAGGAAACCUGGGGAUUCCGAUGAGGGGGCCACGUCACGGGGGGGCUGCAAGGCAGAGAGGCCGGCGCCAGAAGGGCGAGCGCCUUCGGGACACUCUGCCAGUAUUAUGGAACAGCUGGAGGAUCCUGGAGCCCACAGUGGGGAGAACAGAGAGAAAAACGAACGAACUUCGGUUAUGGAAACGCUGAGGAAAUGUUGGCCCAACAGACUGGCCAAAGAGCAGAUCAGUAAGCGGCUUGAUGGUAACCAGUACCUCUUUUUGCCACCCAAUCGUUACAUUUUUCAUGGCGCCGAGGUCUACUCAGACUCUGAAGACGAUGUCCUGUCCUCCAGUUCUUGUGGCAGUAAUAGUGACAGUGGAACCUGCCACAGCCCAAGCCUAGAAGAACCUAUCGAGGACGAGAGCGAGAUGGAAGAAUUCUAUAACGGUUUGGAGGACGACGCCGAUGUGGCCGAGCGAGGCGGGCCCGGGUGCGUGUGUGACCGAGACGGCCAGCGGGCCGUUAACGAGGCUGCGUCCGCCAAGGACGAGAUGGCUGAAGUCGACCAUCCAUCAAACCGAUCAUAAUGUCACCUUUGCCUGGUUACAGAAACUUUUCCACCAGCAUUAGGAACUUGGGCAUGUCAGAAUGAAUGUUUACUUCUGAAUUUGAGCGAGGAAAACGCUAAGGAUGUGGUGUUUAUAGACAGUUCAAUGAGAUUUUCAUGUAUAAUUUUUACUUUUUCAGUAAUUCUAUAAUUGUACACUCAACACUAACUUUUUAAAAAGAAAGGUAAGGUACUAAGUAUCUUUAGUCAGCUAUUAGUCACUGUUCACUUUUUCCCCCCCCAGAUUCAUUUUGUGUGAUAAUGCAUCUGUAUGUAUAUAUAGGUUAGGGGUUUUUUUGGUGGGAUGGGGAGGUAUCUAGUGAAUCUCAGCAUUUUAAAGUUUUUCCAAAAGCCAUCGGAUGUUAAAUUAAUAUAAAGGGAACAGCUAAUCUAGACCAAAGACUGGUAUUUUUCACGAUUUUUUUUCUUUGUAACAUUUCGAAUGAUUGUUUCACACCUUCAUGCUUCUGUUCUGCUAAAGUUUUUUAUUCAACAAAGUAGCCCCUCCUCCCCCUUUCUCCCUUCAAAACAAAACAAAACACUGGCAUUUUCAAAGACUUAGUGGCAGCUAACUUUUAACUUUUGGUCUCAAAAACGUGUAAUGUUUGUAGAUUGAAGAUGACGACGACCUGGGAAAGCACAGAAAGUCUUUGCUUUCAUAAGACAUGGGGCUUAAGAGAUGAUCGGGAAUACUUGAGACAAAGGCGGCUUAUGGAAUUUCCUGUGGAUGGGUUAGCAUUGUCUGUACUGGCUCGUAAAACUCCAAUGGAAAAACUUGGCUAAAAAUGCUUUGGAAAUGUUUAUAGUACGAGGUGCCUCGCUGGAUCUCCCCGGAUUAGAAGAUAACCUACCAUUAUUGUGUAAAUACCUAUCACUGUGGUACAGCUUGCAUUGGGCCUUUUCCACAAACAUGAAACUGCCAAGAUGUGAAUAUGCAAAGCUUUUCUGAAUCUGUAAUAAUGGUACUUCUAACAGGGGAGAAGAUUCUCUCUCAUCUCUCUCUACAUAUAUACAUACAUACAUAUAUAUAUAAUAUAUAAUUUUUUUUUUCGGACUGCUGUUUUCCCUUCCCAAAUACCACAGGAGAGUGACAGGAAGCUGAUCGUUAAUUCCAAAGUAACACAACAUUCAGUAUAGUCUGCCAGAAAGUAUACCUCUUGGAGGUCAUACACAUCUCCUGUUAUGGAGAAUGUGGUGUCAUAAAAAUGCCAAUUUUUAGUCUAGUGUGACAGACUUUGCCAUGGCGCAGAGGGUCCUAGCAUCAAAGUCAAUGAAUGGAACUCAUUUCUAUAAUGUAGCUUUGUUCAAAUGUCAUGUAGCCUGCCUUAAAACUACAUCUCAGUUCCUCAGCUAUGGAUUUUCCAGCUUUCUGAAGUUCAUAUUUUGUAAAAUUGCACAAUAAAUAAAGCAUUUAUUUUCCAAACCACUUUUUCAACACGACCCAAAAAGGACAGAUUCUUCAUACUUUGCUUUAUUAUUUAUUACAAUGUUUAAUUAGUAAGGGUUUGAAAUUGUAGCUGUUCUUUAAGUAUAAGACACCAAUUAGGACCGUAACUGCCAGAGAAACUAAAAAUUGUAUUUAAAAAUGGACAUUUGUUAAAUUUACAAGCUGUUGGCAUGUUGUCUUGAAGUCUAAAUUCGAAACGAUCUCGGAUCUCAUUUGGUUCCAUUAAAGAAUGCAGUAUGUUUAGUUUUCAUUUGCAUGAUACGAUGUGUUUGUGCUAUAGAUGAUAUUUUACAUUGAAAGAUUUCUGUUUUAAAUUAUUUUUACAGUGAGGAUUGUUUUCAGCUUUUUAUAUUGUAUAUAUGGUGUCUUUUAUGUAAUCUACUGGCAUAUGUUUUGUAGACUGUUUGAAAUGACUGGCUCCCUGCAACUUUUGAAAUACAAAACCAGUGUUUUAUACUUGUACACCCUGUUAAAGUCUAUUAAAAAUUUGUCAUUUGACUUUUUUCUUUCUGUUAAAACACUUGCAUUUUUCCCAGGUAUACAUAUGAAACUGAGGGGAUUUCCCUAUCUAUCUUGUGAAUAAAUGAGGAACUUGAAGCAGCUGACAGACAGGCACCUUGGUAUUCUUAAACUAUUACAAGUCAUAAGAGCAGGAUUUUUUUUUUUUUUAAAUAGGUACAGAAAUUUAGACUGCACCGGGAAUUAAAUGGAUGAUAUCUGAUCUUGAUUAAUGGAAGAGGCAGGUAAAAAAAGGAUGCAGAGAUUCCAUCCUCAGGACUGCCACAAGACUGCUAUGUACCCUUUUCUCUUUUAUGUCUGCCUCAAAGUGCCAGUUUUAGGAUGUGUUAACACCAGUUUCCCAUUUAUUUUCAUGACACCUUAAGCUUAACACGAAUGAAGCUGGCACAUGCUUUUAGUAAUUUAAGAGCAACAAUAGAGAAAGGCAGACAGUGACCAGGGCAAUGACCAGGCCUUCAACUUUAGACACAUUUGGAAAGUUAUUUUGGGAGAGGACAUUCCUGUGGUUGCCAUUCAACAUGAGAAACCGAUGUGGGGUAAGGAAGGUGUACAGGAAAGGCCUGCAGCUCGGUGGUGAGGGUGCUUCUGCCAUCCUCAGCAGGGAUUCCAGCUCUUCGAGGCUCGCCCACUAACAUGCCUGCAUCCUCAGUUUCUUGCUUUACUAGAAACUGCUGCAUCAUAUGUGUUUGUCGGACACGUUCUAAAGCUUUUCUUGGAACUCCUUGCAGCCUGCUUGUGCUCACUACGUAGCUCUUCUUUCCCCAUCAUUUUACUUUUAAUUGUUUUUUUGUAGUAGAAAAUAAUUUGGAAUUACUGCAACUACUGCAGUUUCCAAACUUGGUCCAGUUUGAACUAUACCCAGCUCAGCACAUUAAUUCGUUUAAUGUCAGGGACUGUUUUAUUAAGAGCAUUGAUCAGGAAUGGUUACAAUAAUGGUUACAGUAUUACAGGGUGUUAUAAUUUACCUGAGAGAAAUGUCAAAUACACUUUUGUGGAUAUGCUUUAUCUUUAAUUCAUUUUUUUAUAUUAUAUUCCUUGAAAGGUUAAGACAAAAACAGUACAUAAUUAAACAUUUUUUCUUAAAAUCAGCCUCUACUUGAGACCUUAUCCAGUAGUAUGGGAUGAGCAGACAAAAUAUUCCAAGACAUAGUUAACAACUAAGUGGAUGAUUGGAAAGUAAAAGCUAAAGCAGAAAAUAAUGCUAGCCUGAUAACUCAAGCCGACAUCAUUCGGUGCUACAGUGAGCAGGUGGCAGAAAUGGGGCAGGAAGCUGCUCCAAGCACCCCUUCCCCUUGGUUUUUUGGAUUCAAGCUCCAGGAGUCCUUGGAAGCUUUGGGUAAAAAAGGGAUUCCUCUGGAGGCAGAAGAGUUAUAAACCAAAGAGUGUCAUCUUAAAGUCCAUCUUCGUUAGGAUUCACACACAGCUGAGGAAGAUCCGGGUAGCAAUCACAGAUACUUUGUUUCCUUUGUGAUUAUUUAGUAAAAUGCUUUUCAAUUGACCUGUCUAAAUUCUGUUUUGAAAUGGACCCAAACUUUGGGCUUUCCAAAGGCUAGAGGACAGACACUAAAUGCCUAAGGGAAACGUGAAGAUGGGUAUGUUGGGAAAUGAAAUAAGUACGGGGAAAGGAGCUUAGAAAGGGAGGCCCAAGAUUGUGCAUGUAGACUAACAGUUGGUAAGGCCAUCCCUUCAGCCAGCUAAGGGCAGUAUCCUUAUAAUCCACAGGCAAUCUAGAUGGGGAGACAAAAGGGGGCAAAUCUGGCCCUGAACGCUAGCAUUUUGUGUCCGAGCCAUUUUGAAAGUCAGCUGAGGAUCUGAGGUAGCAGCUGGGGUAGAGGGGCUUUCCUGAGGCAGGAAGUGAAUAUGCUUUUAAUUCAGGAUUUGAAAACUCCUUUCCAUUCGCUUAGUAUGAAUUAUGUAUUCAAUUAUGUCAAUGUUGGAAAAAACAAUGAAAUUUUAAGUCUAUAUAAAGAAGCUGGCCAUAACUGGAAAAAAGCCAGUGAGUGUGGGUCCUUAUAAGUGCUGUUGAGAACAGGAUAUUUUUCCUGUCUUUGGUAUAAAUCUGUUAAUAAAACUACUGUUAAAUGUGUUUGAACUGCACUCUGUUAUUAAAAUAUUUUAAUUUAAA